UCCAGGUAUUUUUGAAGGGACUGAGAGCAUCAGAAAACACUCGGAGAGCUGAAAGAAUGGAAAAGGCUGUCCUUGUCAACCAAACUUCAGUCAUGUUUUUUCGGCUGAGAGGUUUAUCUGUAAAUCCAAAGGUACAGAUGGCUGUGUUUUUCAUGUUCCUCAUUUUCUACGUCCUCACACUGAUUGGUAACAUCCUCAUUGUCAUAACUAUCAUAUUUGACCGCCGGCUCCAUACACCCAUGUAUUUCUUCCUCAGCAAUCUGUCCUUCAUUGAUGUCUGCCAUUCCACAGUCACUGUCCCAAAGAUGCUGAGAGACACCUUGUCAGAAGAAAAGCUCAUCCCUUUUGAUGCCUGUGUGGUCCAGAUGUUCUUCCUGCAUCUCUUUGCCUGCACGGAGAUCUUCCUGCUUACAGUCAUGGCCUAUGAUCGGUAUGUGGCCAUUUGUAAACCCCUGCAGUAUAUGACCAUAAUGAACUGGAAGGUGUGCAUGCUACUGGCUGGGGCCCUGUGGAUAGGUGGAACCAUCCACUCCAUCUCUCUCACCUCACUCACCAUAAAGCUGCCCUACUGCGGUCCUGACGAGAUUGACAACUUCUUCUGUGAUGUACCUCAGGUGAUUGAACUGGCUUGCACAGACACCCACAUCAUUGAGAUUCUCAUUGUCUCCAACAGUGGGCUGAUCUCUGUGGUAUGCUUUGUCGUUCUUGUGGUGUCCUACGCAGUCAUUCUCAUGAGCCUGAGGCAACAGAUCUCUGAGGGGAAGAGGAAAGCCCUGUCCACCUGCGCAGCCCACCUCACCGUGGUCACACUGUUCCUGGGACACUGUAUCUUCAUCUACUCACGACCAUCGACCAGCCUUCCAGAGGACAAGAUUGUGUCUGUGUUUUUCACUGCUGUUACCCCUCUGCUGAACCCUAUAAUCUACACCCUUAGAAAUGAGGACAUGAAGAACGCCUUAAACAAGUUAAUCAGGAGGAAAGAAAUAAAAGAAAAGUGAGAAUACUAAGCCCUUGGGAUUCUUGGUAAUUCAAAUCAAAGAAGCAACUGUAUGUUGUAUUUACCAGAUGAUAUGACUUGUAAUAUUUUCUUCGGUCCUAUAUCUAACAAUCACAAUAAAGGCUGUGAUUGGUAACAUCCUCCACUUAUAGAAAUUGUCAUAGGCACUGGGAACUUACUUAACUCUCUCAACAGCAGUAGAUUACAUGCUCUUCUGACUACAAGGGAACAAAAGCUCACACUGAGCAGAUAGCAUGCUGAAAGUCACCCUGCUACAAAAUCAUAAAGACAGGAUUCAGUAGGCCCAGAAUGUAGCUCAGUAUAGAAUAUGUAUUUGGCAUAGAGAAGGCCCUGUGUUUCAUUCCCUACUUCAGAAAAAAGGAAUCCCAAGAUUGGAUUUCAAAUCAAAUCUAUCAACCCACUAUUGCUGGAAGAACUGGGGGAAAAUACCAACUAGAAUUCAUUAUCUCAUUCUGCUGCUCCAGCUUUUCAAUUAACCAGAAAUGUAAACAACACUUCAGUUUCUGGACUGCCCUCAUCUGCAUUAUUCAUUCUGGUGUUUGCCUAAAGGACUUACCAAAUGAAAUAAAGGACAUUUGAACAUCACUGGUGACAAAGAAAGAUCUUGAACCAUUGAGGUGACUAAUGCUCUUGAGAGUUCAUCCAAAUCUGCCAUCCAAGUAAUGA